AUGCCGAAAGACACCAGCAAAGGGGACACCCAAGCUUCAAGUGUACCAGACGUGUUAGCUGUCGAAUCCACUGUCACUGUUGAACGAAAUACUUCGGCGCGUAGUGCCACAAAGGCCUCAACACUAACUGAAUUGUGGGGGAAGAAGACGACGGAAACGACUAAAACUGCAACGAACGCAACUACGAAAACUAAAAAGGCCGCAGCAUCUACAAAGAAUCCCUCCGCUGAAGAAGCUCAGUCUAAUGGCUCUACAAACCCACCAUCCUCUUCCACAGGCGGUCCCUCGAAAACAUUGGUUGCUCUCACUCGAGCUAUUCUAGACUCCCUGGAAAAAGAUACGAUGGAGGAAUCAUGGCGCAACGUUCUUGCUGCUGAGUUUCAGAAGUCCUAUUUCACCGCACUGAAAAAAUUCCUUCUAACCGAGUGUACUUCCUACACUGUAUACCCAAGCGUGGACAACAUCUAUUCGUGGUCCCGAUUGACACCUCUCGACCGAGUCAAGGUCGUUAUACUGGGACAGGAUCCAUAUCAUGAUGUAGGGCAGGCUCAUGGCCUAUCAUUUUCGGUGCUUGCUCCCACAAAACCACCCCCAUCAUUAAAAAACAUAUACAAGCAGUUAGAGGCUGACUUUCCUGGAUUUAAAACUCCAAAAUCUGGGGACCUAACGCCUAUAGCCAAACAAGGUGUUUUAUGGCUCAACACCAGUUUGACUGUUCGCGCACACAAUGCCGGAUCGCAUGCAAAGAAAGGAUGGGAAAUCUUUACCACUCAAGUAAUCCGCGCAGUCCUUAAUCGUAAAAAUGUCAAGCAAGGUGUCGUUUUCAUGGCCUGGGGUUUACCGGCUCAGAAGACAUUUACCUCUAUUGGUAUAGACCAAACAAAGCACCUUCUGCUUCAGUCUGCCCACCCUUCCCCUCUUUCCGCUCACAGAGGAUUCCUUGGAAAUGAACACUUCCGUAAAGCAAACGAAUGGCUGAACGAGAAGUACGGGAAAGAGGCUGAAAUCGACUGGAUGGUACUGUCCUCAAAUUUAUAA